AUUUGAUUCCGGGCGCUUGCGUUCAGCCAAACGUGGGAGUCAUUAAGUCAAUGCCAGCCAAGGGAAAGCGCCGUGACAAUCGGCUCUGUGCGUACGCUCUGCCAAUAAUUCCGCAGCCGUCCACAUCUAUUCUAUCGAAAACCCUCACGGGUGUGCUUGGUCCGUCCUUUGCUAGAGUCUCAGUAUUAAAUCCCCGAUGCAUCGGGUUAUUUGACAUUGGCACUCGUUCCGUCUGGGUGACGAACGCCAAAGAUAUUGAGGCUUUGUGGCAGCGAGGCUUCUUUGGAAAAGGGAACUUAUCUAGAAGUGAGCCCACUUGGCUCAACCGACGAGUGAACCAACUUGCUGGGGUCAGAGUGCUGACUGCUGAGGAGCUGACCGCCAAACGCCGGGAGGAACGCAAAAUAUUCAAAGCUGAACGCGCUCAAGCCAUCUUGACUGCUGCCGCAGAGGCAGAGGCAACUUUCAUAGCCGAGGGUCGUCUCCCAACCCCACCCACUGAAAAUAUCUCAACAACUAUACGGUCAAACCUCGCUACGCAGAAACUCUCUUCACCACCCUCAGAAUGGAGACCAGCUGAUGCUGCGCCUCUUGCUGAGAUGGAAGCUACAAAUUCCGUACUGACUGCAGAAAGAAAUUUGCCCGAUGGAUCGGAACUUCCUGAGAACAUGGAGCAUUUUCAGCUAACCCUCCAGGAGGCAUUUUUUCUGAUGUGGGGGCUAGAUUGUCUUCUGAUUCUCGACCCGAUGACUGAACGCUACCUAACCGUUGAAGAGACGUGGGAUACCUUUCUCUCCGCACACACCUUUCCGAUACCAAAAUCCAUUUCCAAACAUAAACGCUGCGACAAUCCAUUCCUUGUUCACUACGUAGCGUAUCAUCACUUCCGCUCGCUCGGUUGGGUCGUUAAAAGCGGCAUCAAAUUCUGUGUCGAUUAUCUUCUUUACAGACGGGGACCAGUUUUCUCCCAUGCUGAAUUUGCAAUGAUUCUUUGUCCAACCUACGAAGAUCCAAAUGAUGAAGAAAGUUCGCCCUUUAAUCUUCCGAAUACUAAGCCAUUCUCCUGGGCAUGGUUAAGUACCUUAAAUCGAGUAAACACUCAAGUCCGAAAGUCCAUUAUGUUGGUUUAUAUCACAAUACCAGCAAUGUCCAAAUUGUCCAUUGCUGCGUUGGAUACUCCUGCAGUUCUGAGAGAGUUCACGAUCCGUGAGGUCCCUGUCAAACGGUUCGCCCCAGCGAGGAUGAGAAAUUGACAUAUGUAUAUGCUACGCAUUAAGCCUAUGUAUCAUUCGUGCGGUAUCAAAGAAUGUGUAAAGUACAAAAAAAAUUAACGGCAGAAAAAGGAUGCGUGAAAAAUUACAAUGAAAGGA